CAGAACUGAAAUAAUGAAGAACAGAACAUAUCCGAAUGAAGUAAUAAAUGUUGGAACGGAAAUACUGGAACAGAACAGAACAACCAGCCUCAUCACUUGUUUUUCCUUCAACUAUGUUAUUUUCUCCUUCUAGCUUUGAAUCUGAACCUGAACCUGAAUCUGUAUAAAAAAGAGUGCUUCCUUGAUUUUGUAGAUCAUCCAUAAUUGAUCCAAUACUACAUUCUUCAUCAUUGGUCGAUGUAGAUCUAUCUUCAACCGCAGAAUUUGUCGGUGUCGUUCCUAGUGCAUCAAGAUGUUGAUGAUUUUCAAGUGUGGAAUUCUCCAUGGAUGAGAUUCAGAGGAUACGAAAUUGAGGCAGAUCGCGGAUUUGAUACAGAUCGCGAUUGUUCGGCGAUGCAGACCGUGAACUGACGCAAUUGCAAAACGAUCGUGAAUUGAGGCAGCAGAAUUGUCCGGCGAUAGAGAUCAAUGAAGAUUGAAGGAGAUUACAGGAGGAAGGUCGAUGAAGAUUGAAGGAGAUUGUGAUUGUUUGAGAUCCGCGAUCGACGAAUUGAGAGAAAGAAAGAAUCAUGUAUUUAAUGAUUAUCAAUAAACUGACUUCCCAAAAUACCCUUUAGCAAUUUUUUUGGAAUAAAAUAUUGAAAUAAUGGUAAAUUAAUCCUAACCACAAGAUUAAGAAAAUGGAUGGACAAUAUUUAAUCUCUAGUUCGAUCUUUAAGAUUGGUUCGACAUUGAUCACAAUUCUCUACCCACGUCAUCAUAUAAACAUAGCCUAUAAAUAAUUUGCGUGAUCAGUCACUAGCAUGAUGAUAUAUGUAUAUAUUCCGAGGACAACAAAGGGCUAAUAUUGUCUUAUUAUAACUAGUAAUUACUACUCAAUACGACGUGUCAACCGCCGAGUGUGAAAUCUACUCUUCUUUCUUUCUCAUCUUCACAUCGACACUUAUUUUCUUUCCCAUCUCCAGCCAGAAUCAAGAUCACCCUUAUCUUCAAACUUAAUUCCAGUCGCUUUCACCCAACUCCCAUUUCCUAUAUAUCCUCUCUAUCUCCUAAUCUUUAGUAUCAUUAAGAUUCAUUAUUUUAGGAUGUUUUAGCCAAGGAAAUCUUCUGUGAAGAUUUAUUUUUCUCCUAUUUCUUAUUACAUCUGCCACAACUCAAUUAUAAUUAUAGUUGAAUAAGUAUAGCUUAAAACAUCGACCAUGAAAAAUAGACUAAUAUACAGAGCUGACACCUGGUAUGUUAUAACAAGUUCUAGUGGCCCACCAGAAAUCAAGAUAUACACGUUUAAUUUUAUUUGACGUAAAGACGCUUCCACAGAGCCAAAUAAAUGAGUGACAACAAACUAAGCCUUCCCAACGUCCUAAAACUGUGGAAAGCAUGUCUAUCAAUGUUAAAAAGAGCUUCAGAAACAGUAGGAAAAAAAGAUUCAGCGAUGACCAAAUCAAGUCACUGGAGAUGACAUUCAAGACGGAGGCUAGACCAGAGCUACGCCUGAAGCAUCACCUAGUUAACAAGCUUGGGCUGCAGCUGCAACAGAUCGCGAUAUGGUUCCAGAACAAGAGGGCUAGAUCAAAGUCCAAGCAAAUCGAGCAGGAAUACAGUGUGCUUAAGUCCAACUACGAUCACUUAGCUCUACAGUUUGAGGCAUUGAGGAAAGAGAAUCAAACAUUGCUUAUCCAGGUGCAGAUACUCAGAAAGAAGGCUGAUUGUGAGGAAAAUGACAAGAAUACAUUCAAAUUGACAGCUUCUGAGAUCCCAAGAUUACUACUAGACAUCAACGGCAAUGAGCUAUGUGGCGAACUGAAAGGAAGAGUAGAUUACCUGGAGGAAGAGGCAGAUGCUGAUGUUCUGUAUAUGGCUCAGAUUGCUGAAAGUUCCUUACCAUCGCCUGAAGACGGUUAUAGCUUAGAAUCUUGUAAUUUUCUUUAUAAUACUGGAGGUGGUGCACAGUGGUGGGACUUCUAGUUCGAGUGAAGAUACGUGUGUGAUCGAUUAGGGAGCAGAGUAUUAUGAAGUAGGUUAUGUAAACUCAUACUGCAUACUUCUUCCAAUUUUAAUUUAUGUUUGCUGUAAUCACCCUGUAAAAAGUAAAGCCAUGUCAGAUGGAUUUUCAUGAUCAUAAGGCAGAAUCCAGGAUUAGCCUCGUGUUGCAUUUAAAAUAUGACAUUCUGUUCCUUAA